AAGUAUUUGCUCCCCACGCGCAUGCGUCUCCAUCGUCACUCACUCUCUCUCUCUCUGGCUUCUCUCUUUCUCUCUCCACUUUCUCUUUCUACUUUGGUCUCUCCUUAUAUAAACUCGUGUCCCCUGCCGCUCUCUUCAUACCGAACUCAUUCGUGUUUGCUCUUCGAGUUCUGUAUACGAGGAAAAAGAGAAAAAUCGAAAUCGUGAAGCACGUCAUAAGACAAUCUCUUUGCCGAUUUUUUAAAAAUAUUUUUUCAUGGAGGAUUUAAGCGGCAAGAAGCGAGGUAGAGAUGACUCGGCCGAGUCGGACCCGGACUCGCCCGAGGUGAAGAGACUCAGAGAUGAUUUAUUAGAUUUUCUUGAUGACCCGGAUUCUUUGCCCGUUAAUCAAGACCUCGCAUCGGUAAUGAAGAGUUUCGAAGAGGAGAUAUUGUCGGCGGCAUCGACUGCGACGGAACCAGUACCAGUAGUGGAUUUGACAUCGGAUUCCGGCGAGUCUCAAUCGGAUCUUGGCUACCUUUUGGAGGCUUCCGACGAUGAGCUGGGUUUGCCUCCUCCAACAGCAACGACAAUUGGCAGUGAGGAGGGAAGAAGUGAGGUAAUUGAGUUGGUGCGAGUACACUCUGACACCACAGGGAUCAGUGAGUUGUGGGGGUUCGAUGAUCAGAUCCCCAACUGCGACUCAUUUGAGUUUGGAAUCGGAGAUAAUUAUAAUGGUGACCACGUAGCGUAUGAUGGAUUGUUCGAGUAUCCCGAUGACUCUUACGUUACCUCGGAGUUUUCUGGUUUGUUAUGGCGUUCAGAAACUCUGUCAGGGGAGUAAAAAUUCAAACUUUAAACCGAAAAAAGAAAAAAAAAACCCAAGCGAAACCAAAUAUAAUUCGGUUUCAAAUGGAACACAAGGCAAAAUCGAUCUGUAAAUUUAUUUCUAUUUUGGGUUUGUCUUUUUAAUUUUUUAUUAAAAGAAAUUAAAGAUACAAGUAGGAGUAGAGAUUUGAAAUGAAAGGAUCCCAUUUUUGAUGAAAUUAAAGAACCUUAGUUCCUUUA